CAGAUUUGGUGGAGUUUAACUUGGGGAGUCCCAAGAACGUUGGUCCUUUCCUCGCAGUGGACCAGAAGCACAACAUCUUGCUCAAAUAUCGCUGCCACGGUCCACCCAUCCGAUUCACGAGCGUCUUCAGUAAUGAGCUUCAUUAUGUGGCAAAUGAACUGAAUGGGAUUGUGGGAGGGAAGAACACAGUGGUGGCCAUAGCUGUAUGGUCUCACUUUAGCACCUUCCCCUUGGAAGUAUAUAUUCGCAGGCUCAGGAACAUCCGACGAGCAGUGGUCCAGCUCCUGGACCGAAGCCCUAAGACUGUGGUUGUCAUCCGGACAGGCAAUGCCCAAGAGCUGGGGCCUGAGGUGAGCCUUUUCAACAGUGACUGGUACAACUUUCAACUGGACACUGUUCUUCGGAGGAUGUUCUCAGGGGUUGGAGUCUAUCUUGUUGAUGCCUGGGAGAUGACCUUGGCCCAUCAUCUACCCCACAAGCUGCAUCCAGAUGAAGUGAUUGUGAAGAACCAAUUAGACAUGUUCUUAUCUUAUGUAUGCCCCUUGGAGACCUAACUAUCUUCAAGUACACUAAAGGAAUCACAUUCAGUGACUUUCCAAUUGACUGGUAGUAUAGAAUGUUUGUGAUUGACUCCAUUGUGAGAUGGAUACUAUCAAUAUGUUUGACAUUUCAGAAAAGAGCUGUACUUUGCAUAAUGACUUGUAAAGAACUUAGGCAGUGUAGACUGCAUUUGUAUCUACCUAUAGGACUUUUCAGUCUUGACUUAGCCAUCGUAGAGCUCUUAUUAGCAGUAUCUACACACUGUAUUGCCCUUGUAACCAAAGAUGCUAAUGAGUGUGUUUGAACCAGCUUCUUCUGGGGUGGAGAUUUCUGUGCUAAAGCCUAUGAGAAGUGUUUUGAGUAAACAGAAUGGAUAGAUUUGGUUGGCUGUCCUAUGUUUGCCACUUACCUAGUAAAGGAAAUGGGACAUGUCUUUAUGAAUAGCACAAGGGUCUCUCCUCAGGAAUAGAGAGUGUUUUUAUUGUCAGAGGUUUCUUGGCCACGCUGAAGACUGCUGUAUCUCAGGAGUUUCUAUUGACUUUUUUUCCCCCUGAAUUACUUGUAAAGGCCAAUGUGUGUGGUCAGAAUUUUGUAAUAAGGAUACUACCAAUUUCCUGCUUUUAUCUAGGAAAGAAGCAAAACAGAAGAGCAUAAAAUCUGUGCUUUGGAUUGGUGUUCGCAUUUGAUAAUUAUUUCUUACUUGAUUCAGCUAAGUUUUAUGUGAUGAAUACUUAUUCUGGAAUAACCACUUUUGGAAAUAAAUAUGUGAACAGACGUUUAUUUUUAUGUUCUGGA